AUGACGUGGCUUUGCAGCGUCAACUUGAUCAAAAUCGCCAUCGUCCUCCUAUACCUUCGUCUCUUCCCAAGCUCAAUGAUGACAUGGUUCCGUCCCGCAUGCUACGCCAUCAUUGGCAUAUGUGUGGCGUACACAAUUGGUGGGCUGGCAAGUCUCAUCUUUGCGUGCAACCCUCUAUCCGGCGUGUGGCAACGGUGGGAUCAAGAGAUCGAGGUGCAUUGCAUCGACUCGGACGUGCAACUCGUCGCAAUGGCUGCUCUCAACAUCCCCUUGGAUCUGGUCGUUUUCUUCCUGCCCAUACCGAAGAUCAUCCAACUCCAAACAUCGAGGAGCAAGAAGUUCGGCGUGUGUUUGAACUUCUUGGUAGGCCUCUUCGCUACUGCCAUUAGCGGGGUCCGCGUUCAACAGCUCCACGCCUACGCCACCUCUACAGGCCAACGUCCCAGUGUCGUCCCCUUGGCCAUCUGGAGCCAUGCCGAAGCCAACGUUGGAGUCAUCUGCGCAUGUAUGCCUAGCUUCGGGCGCCUGAUCCGGAAGGUCUGGGAGGGCACGGCUACCGGGGUCUCGGAGAUUCGGACAGAGCAGAGCUCGCGGAGGCACACCAGUGGACGGUCCGAAUCAAUAGGGGAGCUGUAUACCUUCCCGAGCGAUCGCAAGAUAUUGGACUCGAGAUCGAGAAGUGAGGAGGGCGAGUGGAUGGAGGAGUUUGACCCGGCUGGGCAGAGCUCGCACAGUCCGAUCGCGGAUAACCACUCGGUGUAA